UUAGCCGCCUCUUCUUCGCAGAGCAACUGCAACUGGAGAUUCGCAGCAGCUGCAGCGCGCAAGUAAGUUCUUUUCUUCUCCUUUAUUCCUUCUUCCUUCUUCUUCUUCUUUCUUCUCUACUGCCGAAACCAGUAAAAACUAGCCUCGGUCGAAUCCAGAAGAAGAGGCUAAGUAUAUUGCGAAAUACCCCCGCCAUAUCCUUGACCGUAUCGCUCGUGUGUCAAUGGCGUAUCGAAGAUGGUCAACUUAACAGAAAAAAGUCCACGAUACGUCGUUUGCCGUAUCUGAUACGUAUCGGAGGAGUAUCCGAUACGAGCAUACCCCUCAUGACCGGCGUAUCGGUGCAACAUAGAGAAGCCUGCGCUCUCAAGUUUCGGAAUACAGCAGUCAUAUUGUCUUUACCCAUUUUAUCGGGUUCUUCAUUUCAUAUUGUGAUUCUGAGAAUGCAGUAAUCCCUUAGCAUGCUUUGCGUCUUGCUUUGUCUGAGACCCGUAAGCAAACACUUGACCAACAUAACCACCAGCGCUUUGUUCUCUACCAAACCAACGACAACAUCAAUACUUCUGAGACAAUGCAAGUCACUUCUCCAAGCUAAGCUCAACCACCAACAGAUCCUGGUCCAAGGCCUCACGCACACCGUAACCGACCUCAUUGCCGCCUAUGUAGCUUGCAAUGCUCCUUCACAAGCCUUGGCGUUGCUCCAACGCCUUGUGCCGUGCCCAUCAAUUGUUUUCUGGUGGAAUGUGCUUAUACGGAGUGCCGUGCGCUCUGGGUUGCUUUAUGACGUGCUUUGUCUCCACGGGCGAAUGCAAAUGCUUGGGUGGAGGCCUGACCAUUAUACUUACCCCUUUGUUCUCAAGGCUUGCGCCGAGCUUCACAUGUUCAGUCGAGGCUCUUCGGUCCAUGCUGCUUUGUAUGCAAAUGGUUUUGAUUCAAAUGUGUUUGUUUGCAAUGCGGUUGUUGCUAUGUAUGGCCGCUGUGGCGCUUUGAAUGAUGCGCGUAAAAUGUUCGAUGAAUUGCUUGAGAGAGGAAUAGGGGAUGUCGUGUCCUGGAAUUCAAUUGUGUCAGCUUAUGUUCAGAGUGGAGAUUCGAAGAAUGCACUCUCAAUGUUUGAUCGGAUGAUGGGCGAUUUUAGUGUCCGCCCAGAUGCUUUUAGCUUAGUUAAUGUUCUUCCUGCUUGUGCUUCGGCUGGGGCACCAAUGUGGGGUAAGCAGAUUCACAGUUAUGCUAUUAGGAGGGGAUUAUUUGAAGAUGUGUUUGUGGGUAAUGCCGUUGUUGAUAUGUAUGCUAAGUGUGAGAUGAUGGAUGAGGCAAACAAGGUAUUUGAGAGGAUGGAAGAAAAGGAUGUGGUUUCUUGGAAUGCCAUGGUUACUGGGUAUUCUCAGAUUGGUAGACUUGACGAUGCUAUUGGUUUUUUUGAGAAGAUGAGGGAGGAGAAGAUUGAGUUGAAUGUUGUCACUUGGAGUGCUGUGAUUGCAGGAUAUGCUCAGAGGGGACAUGGUUAUGGGGCGCUGGAUGUGUUUCGGCAAAUGCAGGCAUGUGGUUCUGAGCCAAAUGCUGUUACCCUCAUAUCUCUUCUUUCAGGGUGUGCCUCUGCUGGAGCACUGAUUCAUGGAAAGGAAACUCAUUGUUAUGCAAUAAAAUGGAUCCUGAACCUAGACAGAAAUGACCCUGGAAAUGAUAUAAUGGUAAUUAACGGCCUGAUUGACAUGUAUACUAAAUGCAAGAGUCCCAAAGUUGCACGAAUGAUGUUUGAUUCUGUUGCACCAAAGAAAAGAAAUGUGGUGACUUGGACUGUGAUGAUUGGUGGAUAUGCCCAACAUGGGGAAGCUAAUGAGGCACUAGAACUCUUCUACCAGAUGCUCAGACAGGAUUUCCCCCUAAAGCCAAACGCUUUUACUAUAUCUUGUGCCCUGAUGGCUUGUGCUCGUCUGGGUGCCCUGAGGUUUGGUAAGCAAAUUCAUGCUUUUGUACUACGCAAUCAGUAUGAUUUUGUGAAGGUGUUUGUGGCCAAUUGCCUGGUUGAUAUGUAUUCCAAAUCUGGAGACAUUGAUGCUGCUAGAGUUGUGUUUGACUACAUGCAACAAAGGAAUGCUGUUUCUUGGACUUCACUAAUGACAGGUUAUGGAAUGCAUGGUCGCGGUGAAGAAGCCCUGCAAGUUUUUGAUGAGAUGAGGAGUGUGGGGCUGGUGCCUGAUGGUGUAACCUUUGUUGUUGUUCUCUAUGCUUGCAGCCAUUCUGGAAUGGUUGAUGAAGGAAUGAGGUACUUUAACAGCAUGAGCACAGAUUUUGGGGUUGUUCCUGGGGCAGAACACUAUGCUUGCAUGGUUGACAUCUUGGGUCGUGCUGGUCGCUUGGAUGCCGCAUUGGCGCUGAUCAAAGGCAUGCCUAUGCAACCAACACCAAUUACAUGGGUGGCCUUGCUCAGUGCGUGCAGGACCCAUGGGAAUGUUGAACUCGGUGAAUAUGUUGCACAUCAGUUAUCAGAGACGGAGAGAGAGAAUGAUAGUUCAUAUACAUUGCUUUCAAACAUAUAUGCCAAUGCCAGGCGUUGGAAAGAUGUGGCCAGAAUCAGAUUGUUAAUGAAACAUACGGGCAUCAAGAAGAAGCCCGGUUGCAGUUGGGUGCAAGGAAAGAAAGGCAAUGCAACCUUCUUUGUGGGUGAUAGGACUCAUCCACAGUCUCAAGAAAUUUAUGAGACCCUUGCUGACUUGAUUAAACGGAUCAAAGAGAUUGGAUAUGUCCCUGAGACAAGCUAUGCACUUCACGAUGUCGAUGAUGAAGAGAAAGGAGACCUUCUUUUCGAGCAUAGUGAGAAGUUGGCUUUGGCCUAUGCUAUCCUAACUACUCCACCAGGCACACCUAUCCGGAUCACCAAGAACUUACGUGUCUGUGGAGAUUGCCAUAGUGCGAUUACCUACAUAUCCAAGAUUGUUGAGCACGAAAUCAUAUUGAGGGACUCAAGUCGCUUUCAUCAUUUCAAGAACGGAUCCUGCUCCUGCCGAGGCUAUUGGUGACAAAAGAAGUUAUCCUAGUUGUAGAUGAAGAAACUAAAUGGUAGAAAUUUGAGUAGAGUCAGUAGAGGAAUGCACUGAAAUGUUACUGGAAGAUUUGGGAUCCUCAUAGGUGUUCUGCAUGCCCAUAAAGUAAAGUAAAGGUUUGUGUCGUUUUUUUUUCUUUUACUUAGAAGGCAUUUGAAUUGGUGGUUGAUUCCUUUAAUUAAUCUAGGUGUUUCUUGAGUAAUUUGCUAUUAAGUUACUUCUUUAUGCAUUUCUAAGAGUUUUGUUGUUCAUUUACUCUGCAUUAACUUCUGCAUAGCCACCUUGGGGGAAAGUUGUUAAUUUUUCAGAAUACACUGCCAUCUCUUGGUGUUGGCCGCUUGAAGUUGCGUGGAGAUGAUCGUUGUGUCUAUGGAACUGAUAAAGAUCAUCCAUUGAGACCACCAGAGGAUCCUUUCUACAAGCAGAUGGCUGCAGAAUUUUCCAAGUUCCAGAUAAGGGUAGAUGUAUAUGCCUUCGGUGACAAGUACACUGAUAUAGCCUCAUUAGGUAUAUAGUGGUGAUUUUAUCUUCUGUUUCACUAUCAUAGAACCAAAGAUCAAGAUGAUGUAGGAAACCGGAGGAUCUUCUACUGAUAUUUCUCUCUGUUGAUAUAUUCAGAACUCCUACAUUAUCUACCAAUUUUUAGUUGUGAGGAAAUUUGCUUUUACUAUGGUUUUCUGAUAUUUGUUGCAUUAACUGUUUUUUUAAUUACAAAUUUCUUGCAUUAAUGUUUGCUCUCCUCUUCUAUGAUCUUCAUUUGCAUAGUAGUUGUAUACCCGGGGGCAGGUGUAUUAUUACCCUAAUUUUCAAUCAACAAUUCAUGGAGAGAAGUUGAGACAUGAGUUAGCGAGGGACCUUACUAGGGAAACUGCCUGGGAAGCAGUCAUAUGCAUAAGAUGUGGAAAAGGACUUCGCUUUACAUCUUAUCAUGGGAACUUUAUGCUGAGGUCCACCGACUUAUUAGCACUUCCAGCUGUAGAUUGUGAUAAAGCAUUGAGUUGUUACUAACUAUUCAGACAGUAUAUUUCCAAGUUGCUUUGAUAUACACUGCAUCCUGUGGAGAAAGGCGUAUUAGAGUACAUACGGCAGCAGCACCGGUGGUUACAGAUCUGGGAGAGACGUACCCCCAGGCUGCUACAGGUGCCAUUGUCACCUUGCUUUCCAGGCUAUUCUAGUGGUGUUGUAUAUAUUGUGAAUCUUGAUUUCAUAAGUUGUUCGGAAAUAAUUUGCAGCAGUUGAAAAAACUGCCCCAUAAGUUGGAAGAUGCUCGGAACUCUUUGCAGCUAAGAAUUGUCAAAGCCCUCAAAGAAUAUCCACAACACCACUUGGGAGGGAAGAUGAUAUACCCAGAGUCUCUGCCGGUUAAAAACCUGUUAAAGCUCCUAUAUCCAUGUUUGAUACGGCUUGAUGAGUAUCUUUUGAAUGUAAUAAAAUUCCAUCAACUUGAGUGAUGUCAUUUGGCAAUCAUUAAAUUUGUUUCCGCUUCUUGUAUUUGUUGGCAUCUUCUGAGGCUAAUGACUUGAAAAGCAUAGAGAAUAGGUUACCACUAGUUGCUGAGAGCUUAGAUUCCAGAGGCCUCUAUAUAUUUGAUGAUGGGUUUCGCUA